UGGGUACAUGAAGUUCCAAAAGGCCAUAGAGGGAGAGCAGUUCGCGUCAGGGUUGAUAUCUUGGCUGGCUGCUGCGGCAAAUGGUGCUAUCAGGGAACGGUAUCGUACCAGGAUGUGCAGGAAGUAAAGCUGAAAAAGAAAAAAGAAAAGCUUCUCCUUUGAAAUUGAAGUACUACAAAGAUUCUUGGCUACCAAUAACCAGAAAAAAUGUGCAGUUGGAUGCAGAGGCCAGAGGGUUGGACCUUGAGAGAAGAGGACCUGAAGAAUCUCAGGAGCUCAAGGUCUGUGUGCAGAUUUUCAGGUCAAAUGUUUGUUAUUUUUCCAAACCCAACCCUCUAUUAAUUGUUUGAGAUGGAGCCACACAGCAGAUCUACAUUUGACUUGCAGGAGCUCAAGGUCUGUGUGCCGAUUUUCAGAUGGGAGAAGCAGCAAUUACAGAAAUUCAAGAAGAAGCAAAUGCUUGGAUAAUAAAUGUGAAUGAAAAUUCUGAAAGUCAAUGGGAACCAAAGAGUCUAAGUGGAAAUGAAAGUCAAAGUGAAAAAGUUGAUGGAGACGCAAAUUCUUCAAUCAAAAAUGAACAUCAAAACAGAGUGUUGGCAAAUGACAUCACACAAAUGCUGGAAAGCUCGGAGCCUCCCUUAUCACGCAAAUAUUGUUAUAUCUACAGGGUUCCACAUGAUAUUCGCAAAUUGAGCAAAGAAGCCUACACUCCUCAGAUUAUAUCAAUAGGGCCUUUUCACCAUGGCCAUAAAAGAUUGGAACCCAUGAAAAAGCUUAAAGUGAAAUAUUUCAAGAUAUUUGUGCAAAAGGCUGUGCUAAAUGUGGAGAAGUUAGUAAGCACUGUAAGAGAUAUGGAAGGAGAUGUUCGUCGUUGUUAUGCUGAGACUAGCGAAAUUAGCAGUGAUAAUUAUGUUAAAAUGAUCCUGCUAGAUGUAAGUUUCAUCAUUGUGCACUUCCUGAUAUUCAAGCAUGCAGAAUGGGGGCAUUACCAAGAGUCUACAGUAUUUUCGGAACAAUUGCUAGAAGACAUGUUGUUGCUCGAAAAUCAACUUCCUUUCUUUGUUAUUGAGAAAUUAUACAACUUUGCAUUUGCAUCUUGUUCAAGGUACCCUUCCUUCAUUCAGCUUACCUUUGAAUUCUUUGCAUUUUACAACUCCCAAAAAAUGUCUCCUCAUCCCAAUUUGAGAAUAAUGCAUUUCGUUGAUUUGAUAAGAACCUUUUUUCUGCCUCCAUUAGAAAGGCUACAAGAAAUAAAGCGUGGCGAAAAAGUUAGGCAUUUGUACAGUGUGAGCCAGUUGGACGAGGCAGGAGUGAAAUUUAAAGUGGGCUCAAGCAAAUGCUUAUUUGACUUAAAAUUCGCAAAUGGAGUGCUAGAAAUACCAUGCUUUAGAGUAUACCGUGAUUCAGAGUCUUAUGUUCGAAACGUCGAGGCCUUGGAGCAAUGUCACUAUUUGUAUAAUGCUUAUGUUACCGAUUAUUUUAGAGUAAUGGAUUUCCUUAUCGACACUGCCAAAGAUGUAGAUAUACUUGUGCGAAAAGGGAUCCUGGUUAAUUGGGUAGGCGACAGCAACACAGCGGCAACUUUAUGCAACAAUCUCUGCCAACGUAUUGUUAUUUCAGACACUAACUCCGAUUAUUGUCUUCUUUGUAAAGAUUUGAAUGCAUUCUAUGAGGAUCGUCGGCGAAGAUGGAAGGUUAUUUUGAGACGUGAUUAUUUUAGCAAUCCUUGGAGAACUACUACCACCAUAGCUGCUAUUAUUUUGCUGGUGCUCACCUUCACACAAACUGCAUGCUCCAUAAUCUCAUUAUUAUAGCUAGAUCUUUUUCACUCAAGUUUGUAUAAUUCUAAUGGUAUAAUUGGAUGGCACUGAGAUUUAUAACAUUUAUUGUUCCAUUAUUCUUUUUGUU